AUGGUUAAGGAAAGAGAAUGUGCCUUGAGUGGACAAGAGGCAAGAUGUUAUAGGGGAAUCCUCCUUGGUCAAGGCCUCAGCCUAAUCUUUUUCCUCCAAUCGUUGAAGUCCAGAGGAGACAUCACAAAUGUGGAUUAUAGUCUAAAGUUAACUAAGGUAACAAAAUUUAAGAAGGAUCUAGCUGAUGCUGAUAACUCUUUACAGGAGGCCUUAGAGGCGAAUUUUGCUUUAAAUGAGAAGGUUGAGGAAUUGGAGGACUGGUUGGAGGAGGUUUCUAAAAUGAGGUUCGUGGAGUUGAAGCAAUAUGUCAUGAAUAUUUACCAAGGUUGUUUGGUUCCUCUUAACAACAUUCCAAAUGAGGAGGAUGAAGACACUAGUGUUCACCCUAAUAUUUCUACUGUAAAUAACCCACCCGAGGAUAAUGCUUCCAUGGUAGUUUGA